UUGCAUUUCCAUGUUCUGUGUACUGUGGGAGACCAGAUAUAGUGAAUGCGGGGUCCGGGGAGAGCGGAUAUAGUGAAAUGCGGGGUCCGGGGAGAGCGGAUAUAGUGAAUGCGGGGUCCGGGGAGAGCGGAUAUAGUGAAUGCGGGGUCCGGGGAGAGCGGAUAUAGUGAAUGCGGGGUCCGGGGAGAGCGGAUAUAGUGAAUGCGGGGUCCGGGGAGAGCGGAUAUAGUGAAUGCGGGGUCCGGGGGAGAGCGGAUAUAGUGAACGCGGGGUCCGGGGAGAGCGGAUACGGUGAGCGGGGUCCGGGGAGAGCGGAUAUAGUGAGUGCGGGGUCCGGGGAGAGCGGAUAUAGUGAAUGCGGGGUCCGGGGAGAGCGGAUAUAGUGAAUGCGGGGUCCGGGGAGA